AUUGUGUUCGUUGGCCGCGUUCAGAGCGGAGACGGACAACGGACGGAUAUCGCCGCCGCCGUCGCUGGCUGCCAUGAGCAGCCGCGUUGACGCCGUGCGAGAAAGUGCCACUGAUGUUCGAUCGAAUAUCGCCGCGUUUGCGUUACCGCUACUGCUGCCGUCGCUGCUGCCCGGCACCAGACGCGAUUGAGGUCUGGACCACCAGGUGACCAUUACUGAUCGAGCCGACCACGUCCGCGUUGACAAUUCGCGAUGGCGAGCAAGAAAAGUCACACGCUCCGCAUCGAGUCCGAAAUCGAUCGGAAUCGCGAGGACGGCAACUGGCAAAAGGUUAUACAACUCGCGGAUCACCUGAAGACGCAGUAUCCCAGCUACGAAUGUCUGGCGAAUUUCUUAAGUGGGGAGGCAAGAUUGGAGAGCUUUCUAGAGCAAACUCCGCCAAUAGAUGCUAAUAUUGCCAAAGCGCGAAAUGGACUGACGGAACCGCGAAAGUUCUUGCUACUAGCUGCUAAUGAAAAAGAUAAGCAGGCACUGGUUGUACUGGACGCUCAUCUGCUGCUUGGAAAACUUCACUAUGCAAUGGGACUGUACGAAGACGCACUCCACCACUAUCAGCAAGCUGAACUAGAUACACUGACAGAAAAGCAAUUACCUUGUCGAAGUUUACGUAUUAUAGCAGAAUCGUAUGCAAUUAAAGAGAAAGAAAAAUCGUUUACUUUAGACACUGACAAACAUUUAUCCUGCCGGAGACUGCGCAUUAUUGCAGAAUCGUAUGCGAUCAAAGGUCUUUGUCUGGAAAGAUUGCCGCCAAACUCCAAAUCGAAAUACAAGAUUACAGAAUGGCAGGAGCAGAUAAUCAAAUGUUACGAGAUUUCUGGCGAUUUGACACUGGUGUAUUUGCAAGACCAAGACAAAAUGGCUAUGCAGCAACAAAAUGGUAUUUCCACUGUAAACACGAAUAAUACAGGUACACUCUCCACACCAACAGUUUCCACAAAACAUGUCGGCCCUAUUUUGGAAACUGCGCUGCAAAGAGCACCAAUAUUGUACAUUCAAACUGGCAACAUACAAGCCGCUGUUAAUCGUUAUAGGGAGAUUUUAUCUGCUGUUGAAUCUACGACUAUGCAAAGUCUGCGGGUAACGUUGACCAGGCAGUUGGCGGAAGUGUUGAUACGCGGCAUAAGCGGCGCCGACUACAAACCACCACAAGAGAGCCAAACCGAUACAAUGGCAGUGAGACGGGCGAAUCAUUAUUCGGGCGUCAAUUUGUCGGAUUCGCCGUGGAAACCAAAGAAGUACGCGGGACCGAAUAUGUUCGUUCCCAGGAAUGAGUAUGAAGAGACGAUUCUACUGCUGUUGAUCAGCGAGGCGAUGGCGGUGAGGGACGCCGUUCUCAGCCAAUCACCCGAAUUCAAAGAAGCCAGAAUACACGCGUUCGAGAACGCCACUGCUAUUUACGAUUUACUCACGGUUGUUGUUGUCAGAUGGAGUCAAGUGGAACUUUUACACGAGUCUUUUGAAAGAGCAAUGAAAUUCUCUCACGAAGAGGUGCACAUAUGGACACAAUAUGCGCUAUGCUUGAUAAGCAUGGGAAGAUACAUGCAUGCAUAUAGAGUUUUGAAAGUAGUUGCCAGGCUAUCGCCUCAGAAAGUAAUGCCUUGCCUGUUGGCGGCGAGGCUGUGUUACGAGCAGUUGAACAUGGUAAACGAAGGUAUCGAGUGGAGCCAAAAAGCUUUGCAGCGAGAAAUGGCAAGUCCACAAGGGAUGCAAUCCCGAUGUCACUUGUACAUCGGAAUCGGUCACAGUAUGCUCUCCACGAACACGAUUGUAAAGCAGGACAAAGUGCAUCACACAAAUACCGCGUUGGACUGCUUUCAGAAAGCGCAACAAUGCGAUCCCAACGAUCAUCUAGCAGAGUAUUAUUUGGCUCACGAGUAUGCGAUAAACCGGCAGAUAAACGACGCUAUCGUGCACGUGAAAAUCGCGCUAAAUCUACGGGCAGAACACAUUCCGUCAUUGCAUUUAUUUGCAUUACUCCUGUCGGCACAUAAGCAAUAUUCUGAGGCGCUGCACGUGAUAAACAGCGUCCUGGAGGAAUAUCCAGACAACUUAAAUUUCCUCUAUGUGAAAGCGCAUCUCGAACUGCGAAGUAUCGGCGGUGUCGAUGCGUUAUACACCAUCAGUCACAUGCUACAUUUGUGGAAAAGUCUCUACGAGGAUCAGACGAGCGUUAAUUGUAACGAGCAACAGAGCGAGAAACGCAGUGAAACCAGAAGCGUCUUUCAGCUGUACACGUCGGAAAUGUCUGAUAAAGAUUCUAGUUCCCUGCAUGCCCAAUCAUUAGCCGCUUCGAGAGUCGAGCAAGCCCUUUCUGAGGUUGCUUCCUCAAUUAGCUCGUUCACACCGAAGCCAGGGCCGCAAAGAGCAUGGCUGCUGCAAUUACAGAUCUGGCUGUUGCUCACCGAGGUUUUCCUUAUCCUGGAUCAACCAAACGGUGCUGUUCUGUCCCUCCAAGAGGCCACCAACAUCUUCCCACUGAGUCAUCACAUUAUGUACACGCGUGGCCUUCUGCACGAGUACAAGUUAGAGUACACGGAAGCGAAGCAGUGCUACCAAAACGCUGUUUCAAUUAAUCCUUCGCACAUAAAAAGUCUACAACACUUGGGUCUUAUUUAUCACUAUUUGGGUAGUCAGAGACUGGCUGAAAAAACCUUGAGGGACGCCGCGAAAAUCGAUCCAAAUUCUCAUCAGACUUGGUACAAUUUGGGAAUGGUAUUGGAAUCGUUGGGCGAGGUGGAGGCUGCUAGCGACUGCAUGGCAACGGCAUUAGAGGUCGAGACGACAAAUCCCAUUUUGCCGAUUCUAUCGAUACCGGUGACCUUUGAGUGAUUCGAUUUCUUAAAGAAAUAAGAUUGAUGAAAUCACGGUUUACCUUUUCUGUAAUACGUUCAUAUUUUCCGCGGGCAUUCUCUUGCCUUCCCUCGUCAAUAGUACCUGGACGCACGUUGUACUAUUGUAUAAACUCAUUGUUAAAAAAUAAAGAAAAAGAUAUACUUUAAAUGUACAAAAUAGUUACAAAAAUCGAUGUAAUAAACUUGAAUAAAGUCUUAUCUCCAAAAAA